UUGACAACAAGCAACAUCCAGCAAUGGCACUCUGGUAUCGAGCAGAACGACGACAGGUUUUCCACGGCCUUUCGAGACGCCAUAACUGUCUGCAGGCAUCUCAGUAUCGAACAUGUCUGGAUCGAUUCCCUCUGCAUACUCCAGAGCGGGGAUGGAGGCCAGGAUUGGCAGCGAGAAGCAGCCCGGAUGGGAGAAGUAUACAAGUACGCUGUUGUCAACAUAGCAGCAUCUUCUGUAGUCGAUGGUGAACAGGGGCUGAAAGAGGGGUUCUUCCGCACGAGAGAUCCGGCUUUCGUCUUGCCAAACAUCGUCACCGCAAGCUGCGACCUGGACAAGCAGACUCGGCGAGAUGGAGUAAUGGGAGACUUGGUCAACGCCGCCAGAAAAGGGGACGCAGAGCUCACAGACUACCACGUAGUCCCACUGAACCAGUUCAGCGACAACGUGCUCGACGCGCCGCUGAACCAAAGAGCCUGGGUAAUGCAAGAGCGACACUUAUCGCCUCGGAUCCUUCAUUUCACAAGCCGUCAGAUCUUCUGGGAGUGCAACGAAACGGUCUGCUCUGAGACCUAUCCCAAAGCCGACCCCGUCGAGUUGUUCCAAAGGGCGACCAGGACCAAAGCGUUCCUUGGCCGGAUCACGGCGGACAAGUUGAACCUGUCCGAAGCGGCACAGCCACGCCUCAAUGAUCCCCAAUUCAAUGCUCAGAAUCUCUGGUACGCCCUUGUAGCGAGGUACUCUUGUGGCGGGUUGACAAAGACUCGGGACAAGUUGAUUGCUCUGUCAGGUGUUGCGCGAGAGAUGGCCCAAUGCAUGGGAGCGUCUGAGAAUGACUAUGUCGCUGGUCUAUGGCGCCAUGACAUCCUCUACGGACUGCUCUGGAAAACACCGACAAUCAUGGGCAGGGGAGGCAGCCGCGUCCGGCCCGGAAAGGACGAGCCGUACCAAUCCCCGUCGUGGUCUUGGGCGUCCGUAAACUGCCCCGUGACUGUCAACUAUCGCUUACACGGCACUCCGCACGACGUCCUCGCCGUCGUCGAGACAGUCCACGUCACGCCGAAGCUGGACCCGUUGGGUGAGAUUCUCCCAGGCGCCUAUCUCAGGAUCAGAGGCACGACGUAUAAAGCGCGACUUCGCUACGUCGAGUAUGGCGGCCGAAUCUGGCCCGAACUCAGCAUCGGGCUUCUCUCCAAGAUACAGCCGUGGGGUAAAGGUUCAUUUGCCGUCUUGCCCGACGAGCGAUUCUUGGACGGAGACGACCGCCAGAGGAACGAUAUUCGUCUGCUACCGAUGCUUCAAUCCAAACAGAAGAGUACCAUACAGCGUCAACGGUCUGAAAGUCAGGCGUGGCUGGUGAUGCUCAUGCUGGUACCAACAACAGGUAAGGCGACAGACGAAUACGAGAGAUAUGGCAUCGUAGAGCCUCGUGGCAACGGGAGUGAUAGCUUCUUAGAUCUUGGAAAGGCGGGCAAGAUGGUGUCGGAUCCGCGAGAGGAGACUGUCACUAUAGUAUGA